AUACAGCGCCGUUUAACACGUGAGCCUCAUGUGACUGAGGUAGGUCAGGCUGAGCUGAGAGUCAGAGGGUUUAUUUAACUCGUCGCUCAGUCCUCCCCCACUUUCCCAACGCGCCACUAAGAGGGUUGCCUUCCUUCAGCGGCGGGACCACGGCGUGGAAAUCGCAGGGACUAACUUGAAACCAUUUUCACACCCAAAAUAACCUUUAAAUUAGCAAGACUAGUAUUAAAUAAUAAUUAGUACACAUUUCUGACCGUUUUUAAAAGCAUUUUAGGGCAUUUAGCUAACUGCUGCUUUGCAACUUUUUUUUUCGUCACGCGUAAAUAAAUGCGUAUUUAUUUGUGACUGCAUUGGAAACGUACUUUGACUGCGUAAUUGGAGUAAAAAGAAUGGAGCGAAUUCCAAGCGCGCAGCCACCUCCUCUGUCCAAACACCAGGCUGAUAUGGCAGACGUGCAGGGGAUGGAUUUCCCGAUGUAUGUUUAUAAACCCAGGCGUGGAAUGAAGAGAGGAGAGGAGAGCAAGGAAACCUACAAGCUGCCUCACAGACUCAUUGAGAAGAAAAGGCGUGACCGGAUAAACGAGUGCAUCGCUCAGUUGAAAGACUUAUUACCAGAGCACCUCAAACUCACGACUCUGGGCCAUCUGGAGAAGGCUGUGGUUUUAGAGCUCACACUCAAGCAUGUGAAAGCCCUCACCUCUCUUCUGGAGCAACAGCAGCAGAAGAUCCUUGCUCUGCAGAGCGGCAUGCAAAUUGAGCAGCCUCCUGUCAGCCAGGAGAAGUCAGAGGAGAUGUUCCGCUCUGGCUUCCACUUGUGUGCCAAGGAGAUUCUUCAGUAUCUAACCAAUCACGAGACUGAUGGAGACUUCACGCCAUCCCAUGUGAUCAAUCACCUUCACAAGUUAGCUGCAGAGGUGCUGCAAAGUCCGGUCCGACCCCGCACUCCUCUCAGCCCUCGACCUGAGGAAAUCCCCACCUACCACCAGCACCAACCUCACAAGGAGAUGCCCGCCAGCUUACCCCCUAAACCCAGCGAGGGCUAUGGGAGGAACUGUGUGCCUGUCAUCCAGCGGGCGUACGCUCCACCGAGCAGUGAGCAGAGUGGCAGUGAUACGGAUACAGACAGCGGUUAUGGGGGAGAGCUGGAGAAGACUGAAUCUGGGGCGCCACAGGGACGUCCAGAUUACUAUGGUCAGGAGAGCCAGCUGAAGCGAACGCUGGGCGAGAGGCAGAGCUCCAGCAUCAAGCAGGAGGAUGACGAGCCGCGCCACAAACGACCCCGGGUGGAGUCGUCUGAGGAUGAGCUGUUCUCAGGUGGAGAAUCAUCAUCGUCCUCUAGCGGUUACAGUAGUUACAUGAGCGUAUCCCCCAACCAUCCGCCUCCUCCACAUCCCCUCUGCAUGCCUUUCUACCUCAUUCCACCUUCUGCUGCAGCCUACCUGCCAAUGCUGGAGAAAUGCUGGUACCCCGGGGCCAUGCCCAUGCUCUACCCUGGCAUGGGAGGCUCUUCACCCGCCAUGCCCAGCGAAAGACCGCCUCCACCUCAGCUAGUGUUGUCUCCCAGGGGAGGCUCUCCAGCCCCAGUCAUGUCUCAGACCCCCAUGGACUCCCCUGCCCUCCUUCAGGCACUAAAGCAGGUACCACCCCUCAACCUGGAAACCAAAGACUGAGAGAUACGAAAAACAGGGGUGAAGAGAUUAUCCUGUUCUAGUGCCCAGGAGCAGAGACAGUAGUAGGAAUGAGAACAUGACUGAGCAUAUCCAUAAUCCAUCCUCAUACCUGUCCUCAGCCUGGAGGUCAAACAGUGAACUUGUAGGAAUGAUCUAGAAGAGAUGGAGGGGAGAGCAACAUCCAUCCACACUCAGAGGAUGUAAAACUCUGGUUGAAUGUUUAAAGCUCAGUGGUAUUACUCAAUGCAAAUGUAUCAUAUAAACUGGACCUGCCCUGCACAUACACCAACACACACACACACACACACACACACUUGGUUGAAUGUAAAGAAAGAUAUGUUUAAGAUGCUGCUGUUAAAGUAUAAAUGCAGAUGACACUGAUGCAUCUCACUUGUAGCUGUUGCAAUAGAGACACGCUAUCUUUGUACUUUUAGAAAAAGUGUUGCCUCAAAUGUUAGCGGUAAUAUUUCACCCAAAGUUUGUUGCCUAUGUCCUGUAGGUCACCAUUAUCAUCACUGAAAAUGCCCUUCGAACCAGACACUAUGAUGACUGGCACUGUAAAAUACAAGGGUGUCCUCAAGCGUGUACAGACAAGAGUAAGGGUACACCCAAUGCAUGGAUGAAGGAAUGGGCCACCACAUGACCACACUGAAUGAGAAGUCUUGUUUUUCAUUGACAAACAGACAGUAUAGAUGGAUUUUCUGUAAUUAUUGUUCAUAGACUUCUUGUACAUUUCUAUUUUUGAUACCUGUUCUUGCACUCUUGUCCGUCCGGAGAGAUAGAAGGAGGGCAGAGUGUGGACAAUUGUACGUUGUGUACUCAGAAACUGUGUACAUACUGUAGCACUGUGCUGGACCUGGUCUGCAUACUCAACAUCUGUUUCUGCUCAAGUCAAACCUGGUGUUUGUUCUUGCUGUUGCCUUUUACUUGUGAAAAGCUGAUAAAUCUCAGAUGUUUAUUCUCUGUACUACGUAUGAAUACUGGAGUCAAAGGAGUCAGGAGGAGAGAAGUGAAUGUAAACGUUUUACCAGAAGACUAGUUUUCUAUAGAAAGAGGUACUUGAGAUUUUAUAUUUUGGGACCUACAUGAAAGAUGUUUGAUGUACAUACUUUGUCUAUAAAUGUUGAUAUACAUAUAUUAAGUGUAUUAAUAAAGUAUUUUUUUUCCCGUGGAAAA